UGAACUUCGUGCAAAUACCCACGUUAGGAUCUCUACAAAGGAAUACCCCAGCGUUACUAGGGCAUGACCUAAAUAAUUUUACGAAGCUUUACACAUGGGUUCCUUUCUUUACCCGUAAUAGAUCAACACUACAAAUGGCGUGGUCUGGAUCAGACGAAAACCAAUUAGCACUCACAAAAGGGAUACAGUCAUUUUUAAGAUCAGUAGGAAUGGAUCAGUAUUAUAAUACGUUCAUUGCCAAAGGUUUUGACUUGGAAAGUGACUUGCAGUUUUUGACAACCGCCGAUUUGGACGAGCUGGACAUAAGGGUUCCUGAACACAGGUGUGUCCUGUUGGCUUCAGCACCCCUGCACCGAGUGAGCGAAGGUUUCCGAGUGUACCAGUGGCUCAGAGACAGUGGACUGGACUACUACUUUGUGAGCUUCAUUAGAAGUGAACUCGUCGACUUCAAUGAACUGCGGAACCUCGAACUGCCAGACGACGACUUGUACGACGAACUGGAAAUAACACUGACAGGUCACAAAAAGAGACUGGAAAGAGCAGUCCAGAAAUUGCGGAAACGACAGCGGACAACUGAAGAUGCAGAGCCAGCCAUUAUAGAAGGCUGGUGGGGGAAACCUCUCACACUGACUGAAGCCAAGUACGACUUUCUGUGUGUCAGUGCCACAAUUGGAUCCACCAGACGUCACUCGCAGUGUCAGACUAUUGACUUCAUGGUGGAUUCGGGCAGUGAUGUGACCACUCUACGAGAGGAGAUCUUGCAGACUCUGGAUCUUCAACUACUCGGACCCAUUCAGAGUCGUGGCGUGCACGCCUCCUGCACAAAGAACCUCUACAAGGCAAGGCUGCAGAUUGGAACCGAAGUACUCGAAAUAGAGGUGAUGGGAGAGUCAUACGACUCUUUGGGAAGUCGAGUAUUCCGACACUUCCGGCACUACAUCACGGGCUCUAAGCAUGUGUGGUUAAAGGGAGACUAUUACGACCCAUCGAUGACACCCCAACCCACAAUACCACAUCAAGUAGCAACAGAAAUCCCAUCCGAUGCUAAUGAUCCAGAGACGGCUGACACAGAUGAGGAAAAGUCUGACGAAUAUACGACAGAAGUGCUGAAUGAAAGCACAGACACUCUGCCCAAGUCUGUUUUAUCAGAUGUAUGUAACACAGAGUCAGAAGACGAUAGUAUGUCCUCACAAAAACUAAUGUUAUCUGAUUCCCGGUUAGAAGAUGGUUUAGAUACAGAUGACAUAGCAGAUGAACAGGACAAUACAACUUCGUGUUCAGCUGCAGAAGUUAAAAAUAACUGCAGGACGUCUGGCCCUUUAGCUGAAGUUAGAGUUGAUGAUAUGACAUCAUGUUCAGUUGUAGAAACAGAAAGGAAUAAUAUGAGGUCGUGUUGUGUAGAAAAAGUUGAAAGGAAUAAUAUGAUGUCGUGUUCUGUAGAAGUUAAAACCAAAGACAUGACGUCAUGUUCGAUAGAAGAUGAAAAUAAUGACAUGAUGUCAUGUUCUGUAGAAGACGAAAACAAUGCCAUGACAUCAUGUUGUGUAGAAGUUAAAAACAAUGACAUGACAUCAUGUUCUGUAGAAGUUGAAAACAAUGACAUGACAUCAUCUUCUGUAGAAGUUGAAAACAAUGACAUGACAUCAUGUUCUGUAGAAGUUAAAAACAAUGACAUGACAUCAUGUUCUGUAGAAUCUUGUAGUACAUGUUUAGUGCUAGACCAGACUGUGUCAAAAAUUAACCACAACAUUUCAAAGACUGACAGCGUGUGUUCACUGGAACUGAUACAGACAUUACAGAAAUAUAAUGCAAAACGUAAAAGACCUGAAACGCCACAAAGAAUGCUUAACUGUGGGAGAAAGCGUUUUCCAGAAUUACUGAAUGAAAAUUCUGCAACGUCUUCCCCAUGUCUUGAAACAUCAGCCAACGUUAUUAAGCCUGAUGUGCCUUCGUCUUCUCGGUCUGGAUGCAGUGAAAAUAAACUGACAUUGCCAGAGAAUGUAACUGGCUCCAGUUCGUUAUUACCCCAUCGAGGAAGAAGUGAAAAUACAAAGAAUGUAAGUGGCUCCAGUUCGUUAUUACCCCACCGAGGAAGAAGUGAAAACGAAAGUAGAAGCAGUCUACCUUUGUAUGUGCUGGAUCGAUGUGAAUCUUCACAGACACUAUGUUCAGAGGAUUGUGAAAUACUGGACGAGAGUGAGGGGUCUCACAUUUCCAAGCCUUGCGAUUCGGACAGUGAUACGAACGAUAGUCAAAUAUCAGAUAUUACAUAGCAGAUUUAAGGGGGAGUUAUGUGGAUAUGCACCCGUUCGUACGUCUAAGAGAUCGGGUGGUGGUCAACUGUUCUGCACACACCAUCCCUUCCCUCUGAUCUGGAGCAAAGUUUCAUAUUCAGACAAACGAUGGAGCUGUUAGAGCAGAAUGGUCGGGCCUGAAACCUUUGACCAUGUAUUUCCAUCAUUCUACCCACAAUAUUAGUUGUAAUCCAUGUACAAAUGUGUAGUGAUUCAUUUGCAACCCUAUAUAGAUGUUGGGUAGUAGUGCAAAUACGAAUAAUCGUUAUUCAGAUUCGGGCAUUUUCAGUUCUGUUAGCAUAACAUUUGAUAUCUCAAGACAUAUUAAUAUGCUAAUGGUCACGGUCACUUAAACCUACGAGACAGGAUAGAAAGGGGGAACUGCCCCCCCCCCAAUCCCCUUGCUGGAAAAAACCCUCAAAUUUGGGCAAAAAUUAUAGAGAUAUUCGGGUAAAAUGUGCUAACCUGAGAUCUUUUUUAUCAUGUAUUUUCAU